AUGCCUACUGGAGUUCCAGGAGUUGGAACACCCGGAAUUUGGGGUGGUGGAGGGGGUGGAGGCAGCCCCGGAACCUGGGGUGGACCUGGAAGUAAAGGCCUGCCUGGGAUCUGGGAUCGUGGAGGGCCGCCUGGGAUUUGGGAUCGUGGAGGCGGCCCCGGUACCGAGGUCAGACCUGGAAUUGAAGUUGGAGACAGUGAGGGGCCCAAUGGCCAUAGAGGGCAAGGACGAGGCGGCCUAGGGGAACUGAGUCCGAGCAGAGGGUGGAAAGAUGUUGGAGAGAGUCCGAUCAGGCCGGAAAAUUUACUUUUAGUUGAUAAGCCAGUAGGAUACUUGGAGUUGCUAGGGACAAGGAACAACGUCUCCAUGACUGUUUCUUCGGAUAAAACAUGUUUCUUGGUAGAGGAAAACCAGUGGAACUACCACCUUCCAUCUUAUGCAGUGCACAGCUGCAAUUGCGAUGUCUUUGUUUUGGGUCUUAGGAAUGAUUCUUCUGUAGGAAUGCCUUCUACCCAAGAUGCCAUCUUUAUCGUUGCGCCAGAGUUCUUUGUUUGCAAUCUUGACCGAGAGUAUCUCCUACACUCCAAAGCAUCCAUUUGA